AUGACCUGCUCCGUGUCAUCCCCGAGCAGCAGCUGUACCACGAGCCGCAUCCGUCUCCACGGCGACGCGCUCAGAAGUCCCAAACAGAGUCCGCCUCACUUUCCGCUCCGCCGCCAGAAGAUGUUCUCACAAACACCACCGACACCCGUGACUCCUCAUGAUGAUGGGGAAGAGACAGACUCUGUGUGUGUGUGUGUGUGUGUGUGUGUGUUUGUGUGUGUGUGUGUGUGGGCUACAGGUGUGACAACAGGCUACAAUCCAUUGACCGCUAACAUCUCCCAGAUCCCUGGCCUGUCACCCCUCGCCAGCUUCCCCCCCGAUGAGAACGCCCCAGGACGGAGAAACGCAGUCCGUGACACUGACUCUGACUACGUCAAGCUCUCCAAACAAGGCGGUCAGAAGGGACUUUUGAGGCACGAGCCAACAGUCGCUGCUAAACCUAAUGCAUACACACCUCCCAGCUGGAACUUCUAUCCAUCAGAGAACAAGAGCAACCUAAGUCUCAAUAACACUGUGGAGAAGAAGAUCCCUGAAGUGUUUCAACCACUGGAGCCUCCCUUCGGGAGUGACAGUCUGACGGCCUGGGAGAGGACUGGGACCAGCAACACCCGUCGCACCGACAAGAACAACAACGGUCACUACAACCAGCAGGAGAAUCUGCUGACACCCAACCAAAAUCUAGAGUUCAGCAAAUUCAGGAGGAUGGUCCACGACAAGAAACCGGCUCCGACCGACAUGUCCAAGCUGUUGAGCUUCGGUUACGCAGACGAAGACAAACCAACUAGCCACACUGACAUGUCCAAUUAGAAGACUGCCAGUGCAUGGAAAACUAACCUCCAUCCAGUCCUCUCCUGGGACAACCCUCACCUCUUCAGAAAUAACGUUAGGACCUUCUAUUUUUCAUGAAUGUUAGUGGCGUCUCAUUACCUGUGUUUGUUCAAUUAGGAAGGCGCCAGAUGGAAAGGUCCUGUGUUACAAGGUUUUAUUUUUUAAAUCUGUAAAAAAAGCAGUUUUCAGGAAUAAAAAUUUGAGAAUUUCAACAAAAAUUCGAAUGUUUCACAAUCUUCUUGACUUGCCCGAUAACACAGCAAACAAUGGCACAUUUUCUGGGACGUGUAAGAAGUGGAAAAUUGCCCUUAAAGCAAAUGACACUAUGUUUAAUUCGAUUUUAGUUUGCUCAGAACAUGCACCCUGAACCAACUCUCUCUGUCGGUUGUUUACUAACUUGGUCGUGUUUGUGUCGUGUUUUUUCAUACGCCCACGAGAGGCCUGCCCACGUGAAGAGGUUAUCGCAGUGUUCUUCAGGGGAAGUUAUCCAUUACCUUCUGAUUGCUUAUUGUUAAGACAUAACAACACUCGUGUUUAUGUAAGGUUCAGACAUAAUGGCUGUUUUGGUCACAUCGCCUUUUCAUCUGAUCGAUCUGGUUCUGUUUGUUCAUGCCCGCUGGAUGUUUUUGUGAGCCUGAGGACAGGUGCAACUCCUCCUCUCUGGGGCCAAUCAGCUGCAAGGUCAGAGGUAACCACUAUAUCAGCUCUGCGGUCCGACAACUCCUAUUUCAAAUCUCAGAGAAGAGCAGCAGCGAACACUUGGAGGUUUUAACACCAGAUCAACUUUGAAGACUUUUCUUGGUUUCACAUCGACUCCUGCAAACAUGACACCGAUUCUACUGAACUGUAUGGGGAGUGAGCACAAUGAGUUUAUCAA